GACCUUAAAACCGUCUGCGUCCCCACUCAUGUGCCCCACACACGGUGUUAUCUCAAUUUUGAAGCCAAGUCGUAUAAAGAACUCGUAAUCAUUUACUAUUUGUCAACCAGUAGUGUCUGGUUCUUGAUCAUUUUUGAUACUUUUGGUUUUUUUUUGACCUUCGGGGCUAAAUUUAAGUGAUGUCGAAGAAAUUAAAGAAAGUAUGCAUCGUGGGUAGCGGAAAUUGGGGUUCUGUUAUUGCAAAAAUCGUGGGGACUAAUGUCUUGAAUUUACCUCAUUUUGAUAAUACUGUUACAAUGUAUGUCUAUGAAGAGGUUAUUAAUGGGAAAAACCUUACAGAUAUUAUUAAUGAAACUCAUGAAAAUGUCAAGUAUUUACCAGGGCAUAAAUUACCAGAAAAUGUGGUUGCGAUUCCUGAUGUUGUUGAUGCCGCCAAAGAUGCUGAUAUAUUAAUUUUUGUGCUUCCUCAUCAAUUUAUUAGAACUAUAUGUUCCACUUUAUUUGAAAAAAUUAAACCUACCGCUAUUGGUUUAUCAUUAAUUAAAGGUUUUGAUCAAGCUGCUGGUGGUGGAAUUGAAUUAAUUUCCCAUAUAAUCACCCGCCAUUUAAGAAUACAAUGUGCUGUCUUAAUGGGAGCUAAUUUAGCACCCGAAGUUGCUGAUGAAAAAUUCUGCGAAACUACAAUUGGAUGUCGAGACAGCCGAGUUGCCCCUUAUUUAAGAGACAUCAUCCAAACGAGUUACUUCAGAGUUGUUGUGGUUGAUGAUGAAGAUGCUGUCGAAAUUUGCGGAGCAUUAAAGAAUAUUGUAGCUUGCGGAGCUGGUUUUGUGGACGGUCUCGAUCUUGGAGAUAACACAAAAGCGGCAGUAAUUCGUUUGGGUUUGAUGGAAAUGAUUAAAUUCGUUGAUGUUUUUUAUCCUGGUAGUAAACUUUCAACAUUUUUUGAAAGUUGCGGUGUCGCUGAUUUAAUUACAACAUGUUAUGGGGGACGUAAUCGGAAAGUGUGCGAGGCGUUUGUAAGAACACGGAAAACAAUUAAAGAACUUGAAGAUUCGAUGUUAAAUGGGCAAAAAUUACAAGGUCCAAUUACGGCUGAAGAAGUCAAUUUUAUGUUGAAAAAGAAGGAGAUGGAGGAUAAAUUUCCGCUUUUUACUGCUAUUCAUAAGAUUUGUAACGGCGAUAUUCCUCCGGAAGGUAUGAUUGAUUGUAUUAGAAAUCAUCCCGAGCAUAUGGAGACUAAACACUAUCAGUCUAAACUGUGAACAAUGAAGAACAAAAAAUGUGUUUGUGCCAUAAAACUUUCUCUUUUUUCUACUUUAUCAAUUUUUUUACUUUUUUGCAUGGUAAUUUAAGUAAUAACCACAAUGUACAUAAUAUUUCAAUAAUUAAAUGUAAUUAACUCGUGUUUAUUAAUGUGCUAAUUAAUUUAACCUUGUUCAUUGUGUCAAUUAAAAAAUUUAAGGCAAUAAACAACCCAAAUACGC